CCCCCUUCACGUUUAGAAUCCGUCUGUUGAACCUCGUUCCUGGCCUUAACUCCUGCAGCCAGACUCUGUCAUAGGAACGUCCCCACAUUGGGGCGCCGUCGAUUCCUUCCGUCGAUCAUUCUGAAAAUCCGCGCUGCAUGCUUAUCGACGGCUCGGAAAGAGACGUCCCCAGAUAAUGGCAGUGAUGAAGAAGUCCGACCAGCUCGAUAACACCCCAUCCCUACGAGAUAAGGAAUAUGAUUCAUAUUCUUGGGAAUUACUCGACGACCAUCCGCUUCGGUCCCAUCCGACUGAAUGUAUUCCUGGCUUGUCCGCUUAUGUGGCUAGGUACUCGGCUAUAUUAAGAAAACAAUGGACGGAACGCGUCUUCCCACUCGUUUGCUUAUUUCUGAUGUUCCUAGUUGUAAUUCAGUUUCUGGCGGCACUGCCGUACGGGUUCACAUACAUCGUAUUCCGUAGUGGAAUUGAAGAGCCAAAAGGCUUUGUUCAAUGGCCAACGGAAUUCAGUCGGGAACCAAGCACCUGCAUUCUCUACAAUCCACAGGCACAUGAUGCUAUCCAGUAUGCUAUAGAUGCUGGGUGUUCGGGGGUUAGGGUGGGCUUCAAGGCACAGGGGGGUGAGCUUCUUGUGGACGGCCUCGUGUCAAAUCGACAGGUUUCCGGUACACUUGAUAAACUAUAUAUCAAUCCGCUUAUAAAGAAGCUAGAUGCCAGAAACUCUGCCGAGGUUUCUCCAGCAUCUACUGCCAAGUCUGGGCCAAUAGGCUUGUUUGAUACAGACCCAGCACAGCCAUUUACGUUAUUCCUGGAGCUUCGCACUUCAGUUCAGGCGGCAUGGCCGCAACUAGUUUCUCAACUCAUGCCGUUGAAACAGAAGGGUUACCUUUCAUAUCGGAACGGAACACAGGUUGCCCCCCGCCCUGUUACCAUCGUCCUCACAGGUCUGGAGAGCCUGGACUUCGUCGAUAUGGCUGAACCCGCGCAUGACAGCAUCAUAGAAAGUAUCAUGUUCGAUACCUCGCUAGAGCAAUUACUGAAGGAGGACUAUGGCUCUGCCUUGAGAGUCCCUCAGGCCUCCCAUAGUGUCAGAGAGAGCAAACCUGCACAAACCGAGGCGGACACAGGAAGCAGUCUCAGACAACACCAUGAGUUUUCAUACCAACUCCUCACUGCGACCGCAAACUUCACCCGAUCAAUCGGCUUCCCUCACCGUGGCGGUCGGUUCUCUCCACAACAGAUCGAGCGCGUCCGCGCCCAAGUGCGAGCCGCUCAUCGGCGCGGUCUUCACGCGCGAUAUGAGGGGGCCUCAGACUAUCCACCAGCAGUGCGUCGGAUGAUCUGGCGAAUUUUGGUCCACGAGGGAGCGGAUAUGAUCGAGAUUGACGGGAGAAGAUGUGAAAUUCCUUGGUGGAGACGAUACUUUGUCGGCGGAGGCAUGGAAUGCCACGGUCGGAAGGGAGAUACCGGGAAAGUAUAACUUUGCAGGAUCAUUUGGGCAGUAGACGAUGAUGUUGAUGACGUACACGUGCGUGUAUGACAUAUCCAUGUAUAACAUUUUAGAAUGAAAGGUUCAUCAUCUGCAAUAAGUGCAACCUUAGGAUGCGAUUUCAAGCAA